AUGGCUGGUCCUCCCCCGAAGCGACGGCGCUACCUGCCCGAGGAAGGCCUUCCGACCCUCACGGAGACCCAGGGCCUCGUGGGUGCACAGGACCCUGGGGCGACAGAGGAGGUUGCUUCCUCCUCCUCCUCCAGGUCCUCCGCCUCCGCCGCGUCCUCCUCCUUCCUCUCCUCUGCCUCUUGCUUUGCUCAUAUCUCAGGCGGCGAGGAAAAGGUUUCUAUGGUCUCACCAAGCCCAGGUCCGCUCCAGGGCCCUGAGCGUGCCUGCCCCUCCCCCACUGCCUCUGCCUCCGUGCCACCCACACAAUCCGAUGGUGGCUCCCGCAGAGCAGUGGAGGCGGGUCUGGGCACUUCACAGUUCCCUCCAGAAGGCAGAUCCUUUCCCAGAAUCGUGAUUAUCGACAAGGUAGCUCACCUGGUGGCCUUCCUGCUCCUCAAGUACCUUGCCGUGGAGCCGGCCACCACGAGGGCGGAGAUGCUGGAGGUGCUGGGCCAGGAUCACGAGGACUACUUCUCUCUGUUCUUCAGCUGCGUCUCCGACUGCUUGCAGCUGGCCUUUGGCAUUAACAUGGAGGAAAUGGAUCCCAGCGACCACUCCUACAUCCUGGUCAUAGCCCUGGACAUUACCUACAGCGGGAAGCUGCGCAAUGACGAAACCCUGCCCAUGAGCAGCCUCCUGCUGUUGCUCCUGAGCAUUAUCUUCCUGGAGGGUGGCUCAGUCCCUGAGAAAAAGUUGUGGGAAACGCUGGGUGUCUUAGGGAUAUUUCCCGGGAGGGAGCACGUCAUCUUCGGGGACCCCAGGGAGCUCAUCGCCCAGGUCUGGGUACAGGAGCAGUACCUGGAGUACCAGCAGGUGCCCGACAGCGAUCCCGCUUGCUUCCACCUGCUCUGGGGCCCCAGGGCACACGUGGAGACCAAAGCGGUGGAAGUCCUGGACUUUUGGGCCAAGGUCAAAGAUAGCACCGCUAAUGCCUGUCUUACCUGGUAUAAGGAGGAUGUGGGAAAUCAGGAAGGGCCAGGCCAGGGUAGCAUUGCCGCCACAGACGAUUCUGCCGCCAUGGCCAGUGCAAGUUCUAGUGGAACGUCCCCUGGCUUCUGCUCUGAGUGA